GCAGCAUAUGACGUGUGUUCUCGCUCUCCAGUCAUUACGGUAACCGGUGAGCCAACAGUUGCGCUCUGUGUGUCGUGCGGUGAAUGAGAUAACCGUUGAUUUAAUCAACCCUGUGUGUUAUUACGUGUGUGAUCGACAGCAUUUCCACAGACGAAAACAGACAAAUAGUUUUUUUUCAAUUUCACAACGCAACAUCACUCACACGGAGGUUUGCGUGAGGUUUGUUUAUUGAGUGCGUGGAUAACGUGUCCACGCGCAGCCGCGUAUUGCACACCGAGUCAUCGCUCGUUCGGGCGCGUUUUGUGCGCAGCGGGUAUGCGCUGUUUGUGUGAACGGAGCGAGUCGUUAUUUGCUGAAAUAUAAUGACUAUGUCAGUCCAGGAGAAGACUUCAGGUGAGGAGAAGGAGGAAGAAAGCGAGGAUGAGAGCGAGAUUGUGGAGGAGAGUCCGUGCGGACGCUGGCAAAAGAGAAAGGAACAGGUGAGUCAGGGAAAUGUUCCUGGUGUGGAAAGCGCCUCUCUCGCCAUGGACACUGAGGAGGGUGUGGAGGUGGUGUGGAAUGAGGUUCUCUUUCAUGACAAAAAGGUCUUCAAGACAGUAGAGGACAAAAUUAAGGAGAUGUUUGAGAACCUCAUGCAGGUGGACCACCCCAAUAUUGUCAAAUUUCACAAAUACUGGCUGGACAUUGGGGACAACCACACUCGGGUGGUGUUCAUCACAGAAUACAUGUCUUCUGGCAGCCUGAAGCAGUUCCUGAAGAAGACCAAGAAAAACCACAAGACCAUGAAUGUAAAGGCCUGGAAACGCUGGUGCACACAGAUUCUGUCUGCCCUCAGUUAUCUUCACUCCUGUGAUCCUCCCAUAAUUCAUGGCAAUCUCACCUGUGACACAAUCUUUAUUCAGCACAAUGGCCUUAUUAAAAUCGGAUCAGUUUGGCACCGACUCUUUGUGAAUGUGUUCCCAGAAGGAGGUGUCCAUGGCAAGAUACACCAACAUAGAGAAGACAAAAAAAACCUCCACUUCUUUUCCCCAGAGUACGGCUCAUGUGAGGAUGACUACGCCAUAGACAUCUUCUCCUUUGGGAUUUGUGCAUUGGAGAUGGCUGUGUUGGAGAUCCAAGCCAAUGGGGAUUCUCUUGUGUCUAAGGAGGCCAUAACUAAUGCUGGCCAAUCAUUAGAAGACCCUCUCAUGAGAGAGUUUAUUCAGACAUGUGUAGGUCACAAACCCAGGCUCCGGCCAAUGGCACAUGAUCUUCUGUUUCACCGCGUGUUAUUUGAAGUGCAUUCCCUGAAGCUGCUGGCCGCACACUGUCUCAUCAAUAACCAGUACAUGCUGCCAGAGAACUGUGUUGAAGAGAAGACCAAAUCAUUUGAUCCCAAUGGCGUCAUGGCAGAGAUUUUCCACAAAGAUCGUCCUCACGUUCAUCUCAAGUACUCUCAUGUUUCUCCUCUAGAACUCGACAAGUUUUUGGAGGACGUGAAGAACGGCAUUUACCCACUGAUGAACUUUGCAUCCGCGCGACAGCAUCCUGUACCCCGUGCCCUCACCAUGUCCCAAGAACAUGUGGAAACAGUAAAGAUCCCCACACCUGAACCUCAAGAGGCGGAGACAAGGAAGGUGGUACAGAUGCAUUGUAACCUGGAGUCUAAUGACGAUUCAACUAAAAUUCAUCUCACCCUGUUCCUGAAGCUGGACGAUAAACUUCAUCGCCAGCUCAGCUGUGACAUUGUGCCAACUGACAGUUCAAGAGAUUUGGUCAAUGAACUUAUCCAUCAUGCUUUCAUCAGUGAGGACGACAGUGACAAGAUUGUGGCGUUCUUGGAGGAUGCCUUAAAUCGCCACCGUGGGUCAGCGAAUCCCGUAACAACAAUAUGAACAACAACGGUCUGUUGCUAUGGCAAUGGACAUUGACAUGCCAUUGGAACCAAGAGGAAGGCCCAGCAGUAGAUAGAAGAGGGGCAGUAUAGGUAGCCAAUAAAGCAUUAGACCUGUGAUUGAAAGACAUGGCAUGGUUUCUAUGACAACAUGUGAUGGACAGGUUUGGGGGCACCAGAAAUGCCCGUCUAAAGUGAUUGUGCUAAACUCCCCGUCCAGUAAUCCCAAGUGUCCUAUAGGAACUGUCCUUCCCACAAUCCCAUGGGGUGCUUUGGGUCUAAUCUGCCAUGGCACGAUUUAUUCCAACCCUCUUUUAGAGAGUGUGUGUUUGGUGUAGUAGGUGUCCCUCGUGAAUAAUUGCUUCUGAUGAUAUAUGAGGGGGAAAACAAUUUAGCUUUAAAUAUUGCCAAUCUUAUCACUUAGUUCAAAACAUGAUUUUUAUGUUUUAUCGCAGCAUUUACAAACCUAAUAACUAAAGGGAACGAAAGAGUUACCUUAUCUGUGCCAUUCAACCAGAUGUGUUAUUUUUUAGGUAGCUGGGUAUAAACGUGUCGAUAGUUUAACUAUAUUUUAAGUUUAUAAUACCCGAAGAAAGCUAGCCGAUAACAUUUCCAUGCAUCUUGACUGCGGAUGCUUGUGUUUGUAAGACCUAUGGACCGCCAUCUUUGCGGCAUUGCCAGUCACAUCUGUUAAACUGUAAUAAAUUUUACUGUAGUAAACUGGAUGAUAGUAGUUAUCAUUGCAUCACGACGCAUUAUGGAACGCAAUGAUAUUACCUGUUAUAUUUUAACAUGACAGUUAACCGCAAUGCUAUCUUCCAAAUGUAUAAUAUGAAUGAGGAUGCUAUAACCAAUGGUUUCAGCCAGAAGACAAAAAACAGAUUGUACGUUUUUUUGCAAUCAAAUGUAUUUCUCCACAGUCAGAAUGUUUAAAUAUGCAGUUGAAGUGUUUUGUAUGAUGCAUGUAGAGGAAUAAAUUGACUUAGGUAACUUUGCCGUCUGCCGGUGUCUUAUAAAUAAAAAUAAUUUUAAAAAUGAUCAAUUUCAUACAAAACCACAUGUAGGAUCCUGGUUAGUCAGCCAGCUAACUAAAAGGACACAUGCCAUCUGACUACACAAUUUUGGUUGUGAUUUAUGUAAAAAACACAUUUUAGUUUCAAAGAUCAUUAUGAAUAAAAUGAAAAAGAAAAACUAUAUAUUUGU